AUGUCUCGCUCUCACCUUCACAAUGUUGACGUCGCUGACGCGUUGGUAAGGUGGAUAUUCAUCGUCGAAGGAGUGAUUACCGCUGGGUUUGGCCUGCUCGCGUUCAUCUUCAUGUCCGCCUACCCCGGGACCUCCUCCUGGCUCACUCCGACAGAAAAGGCCAUCAUCGAGCUCUCCAACGCAGCCGACCGCGCGGAGACGACGCGAGAGAGCGCCGAUUUCCGCACAGGCCAGAUCCGUGCGGCAUUCCGGGACUGGCGCGUGUACCUCUGGGGCCUGUUCUACAUCACGACGUAUAUACCCGUGUACAGCGUUAUCCUCUCGCUCCCAAGCGUGAUCACAGGCCUCGGGUACGAGGGCACGCGCGCGACGCUCAUGGCGUGCCCGCCGUAUGGCGUCGGCUUCGUCAUUGUGCUCAUCGGCGGCUGGACAAGCGACCGCCACGGACACUUUUUCCUGCACUGCAUCAUAGGCAUCGUCUUCACGCUCAUUGCGCUCAUCGCGCUCAUGGCCGUCGAGAACCUCGUUGCGCGUUACGUCAUGUUCUUCCUGAUCAUGUUCAUGUUCUUGCCGAUAUCGAUCUCAUGGACAUGGAUCUCGACGAACUUCGCGGGCGCGUCGAAGCGCGCGACGGCGAUGGGCCUCAUCUUCUCGCAGGGCAACAUUGGCGGCGCGAUCUCGGGCCAGAUCUACCGCGCAGAGUGGGCGCCGCGCUAUGUCCAGGGACACGCGAUCAACGUCGCGUGCUAUGUGAUCGCGCUUGUUGCGGGCAGCGCAUUGUGGUACAGCUACUCCCGCGACAACGCGGCGCGGGACCGCGCAGCAGGAGAGGACAGCGCCGGUGCCAGAGAGAAGGGACACGUGGAUAUGAGCGGGGAGGACUUGGGGGAUCUGGGGGAUAGGUGA